CCCUGUAAUAUUGACAAUAGGUUGAAAAGAGAUUGUCCCAAUUUUAAACUUAUUCUAAAGAAUUAAUAACCCAGAAAACAUAGGGGUGCGCGACAAGCAAGCAGUUUCAUCACCAAUCAGGGAAUGUGAUUAUUUCUUUCUGUAUCUCUUGUAGACAUCAGUAUUUCACUCUUAAUGGGACACGGAGGAUUAUUUCGGUAGAAGGUAAAAGGUAGCUCUACUGGGGUGAGGGUUUGGUAGUUUCAAAAGGCCAGGAUAGUGUUCCGUGUUGGUUUUACCACUGAAUGAAAAGGAACACUCGUACGGGAUCGAAAACAUCUUAGUGCCGAUAGUUUUGAAACCGGGUUCACUCCUUUGCACCAUCUUCGCUUCCCGUAUUACAGAGGAUCAAGGGCUAUGUCCUCAGCAGCCGCCACACCUCCAUCAGUGGACAAAGUGGACGGAUUUUCCCGGAAAUCUGUCAGGAAGGCCAAGCAGAAGCGUUCCCAGAGCUCCUCCCAGUUCCGUUCUCAGGGCAAACCCAUUGAGCUAGCACCCCUACCCCUGCUCAAAGACGUUCCUACCCCGGAGCAGCCGGAGUUGUUCUUGCAGAAGCUGCAGCAGUGCUGUACAGUCUUUGACUUCAUGGACACACUGUCUGACCUCAAAAUGAAGGAGUACAAACGCUCCACCCUCAAUGAACUGGUGGACUACGUCACCGUAAGCCGCGGUUACCUGACGGAACAGGCCUACCCAGAGGUUGUCAAAAUGGUGUCGUAUAACAUAUUCAGAACCCUUCCACCCAGUGAGAGUAACGAGUUUGAUCCUGAGGAGGAUGAGCCCACUCUGGAGGCCUCUUGGCCCCACUUACAGCUUGUGUAUGAAUUCUUCAUCCGGUUCUUGGAGAGUCAGGAAUUCCAGCCCAGCAUUGCCAAAAAGUACAUAGACCAGAAAUUUGUUUUACAGCUCUUGGAGCUCUUUGACAGUGAGGAUCCUCGUGAGAGAGACUACCUGAAGACAGUCUUACACAGAAUCUACGGAAAAUUCCUAGGGCUGAGGGCUUUUAUACGAAAACAGAUAAAUAAUAUUUUUCUACGUUUUGUUUAUGAAACCGAGCACUUCAAUGGAGUAGCCGAGUUGUUGGAGAUUUUGGGCAGCAUUAUCAAUGGCUUUGCUCUUCCGUUGAAAGCAGAGCAUAAACAGUUCUUGGUUAAAGUGUUGAUCCCCCUCCACACAGUGAGAAGUCUGUCUCUCUUCCAUGCACAGUUGGCCUAUUGUAUUGUACAGUUCCUAGAGAAAGAUCCAACAUUAACAGAACCAGUCAUUAGGGGCUUGCUGAAAUUCUGGCCAAAAACCUGCAGUCAAAAAGAGGUGAUGUUCCUUGGCGAGCUGGAGGAGAUCCUGGACGUGAUCGAGCCCACGCAGUUUGUGAAGAUCCAGGAGCCUCUUUUCAAACAGAUCUCCCGAUGUGUGUCCAGCCCGCACUUCCAGGUUGCAGAGAGAGCUCUGUAUUACUGGAAUAAUGAGUACAUUAUGAGUCUAAUAGAGGAGAACUCCAGUGUCAUCCUGCCCAUUAUGUUUGCCAGUCUGUACCGCAUCUCCAAAGAGCACUGGAACCCGGCGAUAGUAGCUUUAGUGUACAACGUUCUCAAAGCCUUCAUGGAAAUGAAUAGCACUUUGUUUGACGAACUCACAGCCACUUAUAAGUCAGAUCGCCAGAGGGAGAAAAAGAAGGAGAAAGAGAGAGAAGAGCUUUGGAAAAAGCUUGAGGACCUGGAACUGAAGAGGGGCCUUCGGAGUGAUGGGAUUAUUCCUACUUAACAAUGCGCCAUACCCUGCUCUCCCGCUUCGGAAUGUUUCCGGAACGUCGCCGAGCCUCCCUUCGUUUUUUGUUGUUUUUUUUCCUCCUUUCUGUAUUGUGCGACUUACUUUAAAAGUAGAUUCACGUCUGUUUCAUUAUUUCAACAGCACUGUAAAUAACUUUUAUUUCUCUUUUUUUUCCCUUAAAAAUAUUACGCUGCAAAGAAAAUAUCAAAAAAAAGGACGAAAAAAAUGACAAAAAGAGAACUUUGUCUGGACAUUGAGUGGACUUGAAAUGAACUACUACUAUGGAGAAACAACAAACAAACAAACAAAAAAAAUAGACUAUUUUCCCCUCUCCUCUCCCCUCCAUACCUCCUCCUGUAGGAGAAGGCCCUUCGUCCCAAGUCCACCCAAGACUGUCCUCAGUUGCCUGCUCUCUCCUGUCUUUUGUUCUUUCUCCUUCACUCUCUGGUGUGGUGUUUUCAUCCUAUGAGUGGAAUGAUUGAACUGUGGGUGCUUUUGUCCCCUCGCUGGUUCCUCUGGUGCCCAAAAAUGGAGGGUCUGUUCUGGACCCCUAGCAUGAGGAGAGCAAGACUCAUCCCUCACUGUGAAUGUCUCCCAUUUAAAUUCUCAUUGUGGUACAAUGCUAAUAAAACCUGAAGAAGCAAGGAAGUCUAAGUAGCAGAGGGAAAGGAAAUGGAAAGUGUUGGUACACACGCAUACAGCAAGUCUCAUUAGCUCCACUUCCAAAAAAAAAAAACACACGCACCACACUGAUGGACAUAAGUGUAAGCUUCAGUUCUUGUAUUUGGUGGUUUCUGUGUUCAGUGGCUCAUUAGAUUUGGUUCAGUCUUGGUUUGGAUUUUUGCAUAUCUUUAUACAACACCAAGAGGUACCAGUCUGACCCUGGCACAAACAGGAGACCCUCCCAAACACUCAAAAACCCAUCAGAACAGCACCAGAGUCCUGGUCCAGCCACUCAGAAACAAACAAACAAACAGGACAGUUCAGGGGACUUUCCCAGACAUUCUGUGUGACACAAGCUCCUGUCAUUUUUACAUACCUGUGUAUUGUAACUGAAUGCAGUACAUCAAUAUCUUGUCUCUAUCAAAAGCCGUAGUGUCUAUUUUCGUAGGAACGGUUGGCUAGUCCCGGUCAAUGAAGUGGUAUUAAGGAACACAAACUCCUGGUUUUUACUACAGCGUUUUUCUUUUUCACCAGUCCUUUUGUUUGUUUGUAUUUGUUUUUGUUUUUUCAAUUUUCACUUUUUUUUCGUAAUCAAAUUGUUCUGAUCAGAGUGGGUUUUUUUGUCGUUGUUGUUCCGGAGAGUUCCGGGGUGUGGGGAGUAGGGCCAGUGGUGGGGCUGAGGACAGAGAGAUGAAGAGCGAGGAUGAUGAGACGGCAAAGAACUCUGCUGCAGCAAACCCCUUACAGAAUUAACGCGCUUUAGAAUGGCCCACCUGUGAAAUGAUUACUUAAAAAACAAAAGGGUUGGACA